CAACGCGGAAGCCGCUCGCUGCGCGCCCGGUCCAGCCGCGGGCUGAGCUCGGAGCCGCGGCGGGCGCGGGAAGCGGGCAGGGACGCGAGCCGAGCGCAGCCUCCCUCGCCAGCCGGGCAGAGCGGGCACCGCGGGCGGAGCGGGACGAGCGUGCCGGCAGGCGGAGCGGGGCACGGCGCUCCGGGGCCGCCGCCGGGGGGGAUGCAGCUGCCUCCCCGGGCCGGCGUGUAGAGAGGGCGGGUCCCCGGCCUCGGGAGCGCGGCGGUGGAGGGGACAGAGGCGGCGGCCAUGGCGACCCCCGGCAACCUGGGGUCCUCCGUCCUGGCGAGCAAGACCAAGACCAAGAAGAAGCACUUCGUAGCGCAGAAAGUGAAGCUCUUUCGGGCCAGCGAUCCGCUGCUCAGCGUCCUGAUGUGGGGGGUAAACCACUCGAUCAAUGAACUGAGCCAUGUUCAAAUCCCUGUUAUGUUGAUGCCAGAUGACUUCAAGGCCUAUUCAAAGAUAAAGGUGGACAAUCACCUUUUUAACAAAGAAAACAUGCCGAGCCACUUCAAGUUUAAGGAAUACUGCCCGAUGGUUUUCCGUAACCUGCGGGAGAGAUUUGGAAUCGAUGAUCAGGAUUUCCAGAAUUCCCUGACCAGGAGUGCACCCCUUCCCAACGACUCCCAAGCCCGCAGCGGAGCCCGGUUCCACAUGUCCUAUGACAAGAGGUACAUCAUCAAGACCAUCACGAGUGAAGAUGUGGCCGAAAUGCACAACAUCCUAAAGAAAUACCACCAGUAUAUAGUGGAAUGUCAUGGGAUCACCCUUCUUCCCCAGUUCCUGGGCAUGUACCGGCUUAAUGUUGAUGGAGUUGAAAUAUAUGUGAUUGUUACAAGAAAUGUGUUCAGCCACCGUUUAUCUGUAUAUAGGAAAUAUGACUUAAAGGGCUCUACAGUGGCUAGGGAAGCAAGUGACAAAGAAAAGGCCAAAGAACUGCCAACUUUAAAGGAUAAUGAUUUCAUUAACGAGGGUCAAAAGAUUUAUAUUGAUGACAAUAACAAAAAGGUAUUCCUGGAAAAACUGAAGAAGGAUGUCGAGUUUCUUGCCCAGCUGAAGCUCAUGGACUACAGCCUCCUGGUGGGCAUCCACGAUGUGGAGAGAGCCGAACAGGAAGAAGUGGAGUGUGAAGAGAAUGACGGAGAGGAGGAGGGGGAGAGCGACGGCACCCACCCUGUCGGAACCCCUCCCGACAGUCCUGGAAAUACGCUCAACAGCUCGCCGCCUUUGGCUCCGGGCGAGUUUGAUCCAAACAUUGAUGUUUAUGGAAUUAAAUGCCAUGAAAAUUCGCCUAGGAAAGAGGUGUACUUUAUGGCAAUUAUUGACAUUCUGACUCAUUAUGAUGCAAAAAAGAAAGCUGCCCACGCUGCAAAAACUGUUAAACACGGCGCUGGUGCGGAGAUCUCCACCGUGAACCCAGAACAGUAUUCCAAGCGCUUUUUGGACUUUAUUGGCCACAUCUUGACGUAACGUCCUGCAUGGCCGAAGACGGACGUGAGCGUGGGAAGGACAGAGGUGGCUUCGGCACAGGAAAAAUGAAAACCAAACUCAGUGAAGCACACCUCCUCGUUUACAUCUUCAGGCCAAGAUGACUGAUUUGGGGACUACUUGCUUUAACAGCUACCUGAUAUUUCCCAGCAUCACUCUAGCUAUUUCUGACUUCGGUGUGUAUGGGGGGGGGGGCGGGGGGGCGUGCGUGCGCACGCGCACGUGAGCAUCUUCAAAACUGAUUGAUUGGUUGAUGGAAACCGACUUCGGUCAGAGUGUGUUUGGGGCAGUAACCCUCUGAUUCCAGCUGUGGACGAAUGAAUGAAUGAAUGAAUGAGUGAGCACACGCAGGGGGAGGGGAGAAGGCAACGCAUGUCAGACCAACCAGGUUGGCACCACACGAUAAACUGUGGAUCAGUUUAUUUUUUGGAGUUGAAAGAUGUGAGACGGUAAUCGUAAUAAUAAUGUAGAUAAUAAUGAUGAUGAUAAUAAUAAUGAUGGUGAUUAAAAGGAAAAAGAACUUACUGCAGAUGUUACACUUCUACCACGCACGCUGACACUCCUUAAUAGUUGCACCCCGGGCGCUGGACGGAGGAGGCUGGCAUCUCCCGCGCAUCCUGGUUCAGGUGUCAGGACUCAACGGUGUCUGGGGACAAACGCCCCUCCUCCAGCAGGAAGCUGAUGCCCCUAGUGUCUCUCUCUGUACAUUUUCACCUCAGUAAAUAUGCCCAGGAAAAAUGCUUACUUCUCUUUUCUUGCCUGGAGCUUCUUCACUGACACACUCUUACGUUGCAAUAGAGUAAUUAAUGCUACAAAAUAAAAAUAAAGCUUACCUGAAAAGUGCAGUUUUGGGCAAUGGCAUCUACAUCUCCCAUGGUGGGAAGGUGAGCAAGGCAUUUAGAGCUCUCAAUUUUCCAGUUAAACAGUGGUAUUUUGUUAUGAAUUUGCCCUUAACUGAAACCCUCAAUAUUACUGUUUACAUUAUUAGGAAAACAGGGAUAUUUUUGAAUCUAAAAAUUUAAUGUACAGCAUGUGAUUUUUGAAGUUUACAUGUAAAGUCAUUUUACAGUGUAGGUGAAAUAAUGUUUGUCAUAUUUUGAAAUGUAUCCUGCAGUCACAUUUUAAUGGUAGGCGGUCUUUUACAGUAAAAGGAAAAAGGUUUUCCUCCGAUGCACAUUUAUCGACCUAAUGAUUUUUUUUUUUUU